AAACAUUUAAAGCAGUGGCAUGCGGGUGAGGAAACCAGGACUGCUUCUAGUGACGUCACGCUUUCCGGAUUGGCGCCGGUUUCAAUGGCCGCUUGUUGAUGUGACACACGGCUGACUUUAAGAGAAAAGCAAUGCCUCCAAAGAAGAAAGUGAGAAAAAGAACAUUAAACUCAAAUGGAGACGCUGACAACGAGGUUGAUUCUUCUCCGAAGCCAAGCCUCAAGAGGAAGGCUUCAUCUUCAGUGGAGCCUUUGGAGGGGACGAGCGCCACGCAGUAUUGUCGCUGGCUCAUGAAGUCUGAGCCAGAGAGCCGCUUUGAGAAUGGCAUUGACGUCAAGUUUGGAAUUGAGGAUCUAAAGACUUUGCCUAAUCAGACCAGCUGCUGGGACGGUGUCCGCAACUAUCAGGCACGUAACUUCAUGUGUCAAAUGAAAGAGGGCCAGUUGGCUUUCUUCUACCACAGCAACUGCAAGGAACCUGGCAUAGUAGGAAUCAUGAAAAUAGUGAAGGAAUCAUAUGUGGACCACACGCAGUUUGACAAGAAAGACGUUCAUUAUGACCCUCGCAGCAAGCCAGAGAAGCCCACAUGGAGCAUGGUGGACAUCCAGUACCAAAGAAUGUUGAAGCGGUUUCUUCCUCUGUCUGAGCUCAAAGAGUACCACCUGCAACAUCGGACCAAUGGGGGCCCUCUUAAGGACAUCAUGCUCUUCACCAGACACAGGCUAUCAGUGCAGCCUCUAACCACUGAGGAAUUUGACUUUGUUCUGAGCUUGGAGGACCAAGAACCGCUGUGACUGUGCUGGGCUGAAAUCUGUCUCUUUAGUUUAUGUAGUAGAUCAUCGUAAUAUGUGUUUGUUGUAAAAUGUUUGGGGUGAUGAGACUAACAAUACUACAAUGAAAAAUAA